AUAUUAAAAUUAGUGACAACAGCUAAAAUCAACAAACUUCCGUAGUAAACAAAUCAAAAGUGUCAUUAAGUGUCAAAUAGUCAGCGUCAUCUGAUAGGCAGCAAAUUGCUUUUACAGUUAAAAUUACAAAAAGCGUAAUAAUAACAAAACAACAAUAAAAAAAAACGAAAUAAAGCAACAAUAAACAUAGCGGUAGUGAUCAGCAAAAAUUUAGUUUAAUAACUGUAAACAAGUGGAAAUUAUCAGUUGUAAAACGUUGACGCUGUUUUUUUUUUCAUUUAGAAAUAUAUUAAAAAAAAAGUUGAAUUUAAUUGAAAAAGCCCGCAUAUGUAUGAUUUUGACUUAUUAAACGUACAACAAAGCAUUACAUUAAUCAACUUAAUUCGCUAAGCAGCUAUAAAAAGGUAAUAACCGUGGAACAAUAAAUGUAAUUAAGUGUAUUGCACGGUCAAUAAAGUUUUAAACGACACUUUGCGUGCGAAGGAUGAGCUUGUUCGAAUAAAGUGAGCAAGAAAACAAAAAACAACUAGAAACAUUGGAAAAUAUUUACCGCUAUAAGGUUAAAUUUAUAUAAAAGUGCAAACAAAACAAAGAAUAACAAAAUAAAAUGUUAUUCCCCAACACCAACACAAACAAAAUGAGUAGACUACGACUGCAAUUUACAACAAUUUCACUGACAAUUGUCAUCCUCACGCUGCUCAUCGCCUACAGUCAACCGUCCAAUGCGGCGGAUUACGACGGCGACGGCGGUGGCAGUGAGCUGGGCUCCGCGGGCGAUGGCGGUGGCGGCGGUGGCGCUAGUGAAGUGGCGAGCGGUAAUGACGAAAUUUAUGAAACCGCCGUACUGCAACAGGACAUGGAUGAGCAUGAGAAGCGCCAGAAACUAUUGGAGGAAAUGCAGGAGGCAAUGGCGGAGCUGGAGGGGAAUGCCGAUUCAGCUGCACCACCCACUGCCGCCACUUCGGCACAGCCCUAUGAUGUGAGCAAUGAGUCGGUGAACACAAUAAGAGCGCAAGCGCGUAUGGAUGAUGUCAUGACCGAUUCGCAGGAGAUCGAAAUGAUGGACAGCAGCACGGUAAUGAACGGCAGUGCGGCUCGUGCGCCCAUCGCAUUGCCACCCACCAUGCUGCCGCGCUCGUUGAGCACAAUGAUACCCGCCUACGUGCGUCAGGGUAAAGCUGAGCAAUUUCCACGCACCAUCAGCGGUGGCAGCGUUUCGGUGGAGGAAGCAGACGCUAAUGUCUCCACUUCCGAUUAUGUGGAGGAUGAAGAACACAUGAAUGUACGCGCGCAGAAAACGCAUAAAAUCGAUCCGAUCGCCAUGAAAUUAUAUCAUCACAGCGAAGCCGAUGCGGAAGACAAUAUGCUAAAGGAUCAGCAACCAGCGCCACCUUCGCAGCAGCCGCAGCAUGUGGCGGCGCCACAACCGCGCACACAGCAACUGCAGCCAAACAGCUCGGACGACGAUUAUUAUGAAGACCCACAGGACAGUUUGGAAAAGUUGCAAUUGCAUCAUCAGCACAAAAUACACCGACCAACAGUGGCGCCUGCACUGCCACUCACACCCUCACCCCCCAUCGCCGCACAGCCAAAGUCAGUGUCCGACGUCGUCGAAGCCAUCCACAGAGCGCAAACGAAUGCCGCGCGUCUGCCACCAGCUGUGCCACAGGCACGUGGCGCCGCUUGGACUACAAGUGGCCCGUUAAUGGACGCCGCGGCGACACCAACAACAACGGUAUACGGCGAGAAUACAAUCGAUGCGAUCACACCAAACAUUGCCGCCACCACGAGCUCGGCGAUGGCAACAGGUUUUGAUACAGAAUCGGCAGCUGCUGCAGUUGCUGCGGCGCUUUCCACUACAACGCAAACACCAACAACAGCGACAGCUACCACAGCAGCUACAACAACAACUACGACAUUCACAACAACAAUACGCCCGGCAGGUAAACAGGGUAAACAAAUAAAUAUAACGCGCGGACGUAAACUGCUGCCACACGAACAAUUACGCAACUACAUCGAAGAUGCGUACAUUCGCAUGCCGCUAGCUGUCAUCGUUGAUCCAUCGGCCGAUGCGUUGGAGAAGACGAAGGCGCUGUGGCGUGAAGCGCUACGCACAAAUCUAAAUAUAAAAAUCGUACUCGUCUCGCUGAAUGCCUCAGGCAUACCAGCCGCCUAUAGCUUCAAUAAUACGCGCCAAUUUCUCGCCGGCUUGAACAGCAUCAAGGUAAAAGAUGGUGGCAAUUCGUUUGUGGGCAUUGUGCAUGCCUCCGAAUUGGUGCCAUACGACAGCGCCGUCUUCAUAUCAACCGCAGUGAUACCGCCACACACGGAGUUGGUGCAAGAUGCAGCUAUAACGCUGCUGAAAAAGCGCAUACGGCUCUAUCUCAUCUGGUAUGGUGAGCGUUCGGCGAGUGAAAACGAGACACAGGAGGCUGUGGGCGGCAUACUCGGCGAGGUGGCCAUACGUUCGGGUGGCGAAGUACUGCAUCUGGUGGGUAGCGAAAACUCGCAGGAGCUGGAGGGCAGCACGCUAACACUUGUCGCAGACGCUUAUGUGGGCACACAGGAAGUGGAUAUACCGGUCGAUACGACACUGUCGAGCUUGCACGUCAAAAUCGAUGCACCCAUGCGGACAGCUACGUUGGAGACGCCCAACGGUGAUAUUAACUUAAAAAAGCUUGUUAAAUUCAAGUCACUUGUUCUAACACUUGGAGCGGAUGACAGUCGAUUAGAUGCCUACGUUCCUUUGAAUAAACUUCGCAAGGCAACUGUUUACAAAUUGAAAAUCGUACCGGAAUCCUUAAGCGAUGAGUAUAGUGUAUUUGUGCGCGCCGAGCGUAAAUCAGAUUUGUUUUUGGAUGAUCUUAUUAAACGCUUCGAUGCAUAUUUCGUGAAAGAUCGAAACGCUUAUCCCUUAAAUUUAUAUGGAUCACGCUUGAUUAGUUUAACGGAAACCUCUCCUGAGAGAUCUCCAGCUACACACGCCAAUUUACGUUUUGAUAGCAAUGUGGAACCUAAAGCCGUCUCAGCUGAAACCGCAAUAAUAGGUGAUGCGGAGAUAACAAUGCCAAAGGAUCAGGUGGAAACAUUCUCCGACAACGAAAUACAUAGCAACCGGCCGAACAUGCCGACAAACAACACUGGCGUGCCAACAUCAAUUGUUAAUGUGGAUUAUAAAUAUAACGGUGUGGCACGUGGCACAACAGCCACUUUACUGCAACGCGAUACAACAAAAAUCGAAAUGGGUCUACAAUCACAACUACUACUGGCUCCAGGCAUGUUAGGCACAUUGGAAUUUGAAGUCACUAACACACGCACCGAAGCUGUAUAUCACAACAUACAGGUAAUUGACGAGAGGCGUUUUCUUAUGCGUCUCAAUCCACAGAGCAUAUUUUUGCGCGCUGGUGAAAUGGCCAAAGUUAUCGUAACCGUUUUAAUACCGAAUGGCACGCCACAGGGAACAACGGAUAAAAUUACAUUCACCUGUCACGGUGGCGGUACGUCUUCUCUAUCACUCAACUUAAAAGUGGUCAGCUCAAAUGCAGUUGAUGUGCAGGAUACGACUGCACCUACGGUGUCCUGGACUUUUGGCAGUCGUUGUGAUAACGUUAACGCGCUGUCCACUGAUUGCGCGGAACGCUUCUGGACACUAGAUAUAACAGCACAAGAUUGGCAAUCAGGCAUAUUACGUUUACAAAGUGUGCCUUCUGGUGGAUUACUGUAUCGAAAUAGUUACACUGUUGGCUCUACAGAACCCUUGAAAGCUACAUAUAUAGCAACGUGUUGCGAACCGAAAGUGGCGCUUACAGCAUUCGAUGUAACGGGCAAUCAGCGUUCAUACAACGUAGAUGUACGAGAUCUUGUGCUCACUGAAGCAUCUAUAGCGGCAAUAGUGUUAGGCGCAUUGCUGUUGCUACUUUUAAUUAUUUUGUUGAUUUGGGCUAUUGUUUGGUGUUGUCGAAGGCGUCAAGUUUCACUGGAUCUACCCACAUACCGUUCUCACUCAACGCGUAGUAUGGAGUAAAAUGACAGAAUAUCAAGAAAUUAAAACUAUUUAAGCAUUGUAAUAAUGUACACAUUUUUAGUGAAAAUAAAGAACAAACCUUAAAUAACGUAAACAACUGCCUAAGCUUAAGAAAAAGUAGAAACUUACCUCGACUAAUAGCCACGGGCGGUAAGAGUAGUGGCUUAUUUGGGAAAUCAUCGAAUGUUAGACCCGUCACUGAUGCGCUCAAAAGUGGGUUUUUAACAACACCAGUUGGUGGCGGAAUUGUAGUCAAACCUGGUCCAGCUGCCCCAGCAGACGCAGUGUUUGGACGUGACGUGUCACCUUUCUGCUUCUCUGACAUUCUUCACUGUUGAUGCCAAACGAGCUAUUAGUUCACCAGUACUAAUAUUUUUAACACUUUUACACACUUUUCUAUAAUAUUAAGCGGGGAAAGAUCGAAAAUUCGAAACGAAAUUGUAACAAAAACACCAAAUAAAUGACAAACUGAAGGUAUUUAUGAAAUGCAAAUAUCUCGCGUAUAAGGUGCAAAA